CCCUCUACGAUAAUAACAUAUUUUAUACAACAACUGACAGUGUCAAAUGUGACAACAGUGUCUCCACUACACAUAAAAAUGGCGGCAAUUUCAAUAUUUUCAUCCCAAAAUUGCUCAGUAUAGAUCUAACACUAGAACACGAAGAUGUUGGUUUUAUUUCGCACGCCCCCUAUUAUCCCUUAUUAUGCGGUGAUUCUUGUGGCACAAAUAAGUGGAAUUCACUCGUCAAAUAUCGGAGCACGUGCAUAUCAGAUAUCUGCAAAUAAGCAGGUGACUGCAAAUAACAACAUGUCUGGUACCUUUUUAUAUUUUGCCUAUGGCAGCAAUUUGCUAGCUGAUCGCAUCCACAUAAACAAUCCAAGUGCCAAAAGAGCGGGAAUUGGUAAAAUUGAAGGCUAUGAAUUAGACUUUAUAACCUUUUCGAAACGUUGGAGAGGUAAUUCGGCGACUAUUGUUAAUAGACCGGGAAGUCACGUUUGGGGAGCAUUAUGGGAGAUUAACAACGAAGAUAUGGUAGCACUUGACAGACAAGAAGGAGUUCCAGACAAUCUAUAUGUGCCUUUAACAGUGGAUGUUGAAUUACCGGACGGCAAAUCACGCUCUGCGAGAGUCUACCAACAGACCAAAACGCCACCGAAAGUGGAGAAUGUUGAAGACAUACCAGUCGAAAGAAGACCAUCCGCCGUUUACCUCAAUACGAUAUUAAAAGGGGCCGAAGAAUCAGGACUACCUCAGGAAUAUCAAAAUUGGUUGAAAAGAAUACCACACAACGGAUAUUCAGGACCAGUCGAUAUUGGACUGGAUCUAAAAUACUGAAUGGUUUAGUUAAUUUUAGUCUGGUAUAUUCAGACUCUAAAAAAUGAAUCGUAGGCACACUAAAAUAAUUUAACAAUAAAAUAAUAGCUAAAUUUUAAAA